UAUUGGAUUAAACUCGGGGCCAGUCCUAAAAAAUUGAUGAUGGGAAUGGGUACUUAUGGUCGAUCAUUCACCUUGGCUAACCCUGCCCAACAUGGUAUCGGUGCUGCCUGUGCCAGUGGCAGUAAAGGAGGUAAAGCAGGCCCCUAUACCGAGGAAGUGGGUACUCUAGGUUACAAUGAGAUUUGCGAGUUUUUGAAGGACGGGUGGACAACCUAUAGGGACGACACGCAGAAAAUAGUGUACGCCGUGAAGGGAGACCAAUGGGUGGGUUAUGACGACGAGAAAUCCCUUAAGGAUAAGCUGUCGUACCUGAAGGGCAAAGGACUGGGAGGUGCUAUCGUGUGGUCCAUCGAUACGGACGACUUUCACGGCUAUUGCGGCGGACGUAAGCACCCAUUGAUGAAGACUAUUAGCACUGAACUCAACGGUAUUACCGGUGAACCCGACCCAGACAUACAUGAGGUGCACGUGACCCCUGCACCAACACAUGAGCCGUAAUGUGCUUUUAUUAUAGAUUACUGUAUAAAAAUAAAUUUCAAUCAACAUUUUAUUGUGUAAUAAAAUAAAAUAAAAUUAUUUAGUAAACUGGU